GUGUUAGCUUCGCUGUGGCUAGGCUAACCCGGCUAUUUGAGCUGAGCGGUGUUCCGCCGCGGUGCACGCUGCUAGUUAGUUGCAAUGUUGUAGCUAUUAGCAGGUUAGUCAGUCCUUAGCUGGGAGGGAGAGCCGCCGAUUACCAAGAUUAACUCAUUUACUGAUUUAAUAAUCUCUAAUUUCACAGAAAUAUCACAGAGUUUUCACGGAAUUAUUCAACUACACUAGCCUGCUAACAUAUCAGUGAAGCUAACGGCCGGCCUCUGGUUCCGUUGUCUCCCUCUGUUCGGACCGAACCGGGCUCAGCUGGAGGACCAUGGCGAUGAGACAGACCCCGCUCACCUGCUCCGGACACACCCGGCCCGUGGUGGACCUGGCCUUUAGUGGGAUCACUCCCCACGGAUACUUCCUCAUCAGCGCCUGUAAAGGUACAACAAUAACUAAAAGAUGUUAAAGAGAUUUAUUAUUUAAAUUACUGUUACUGUAAAGGUAAACUACAACUACCAAUGUUAUAAAGAUUUUUAUUAUUAAAAUUAUUAUUAUUACUGUAAAGGAUGAUGAUACAGAUUAGUUUUAUUAAUAUUAUUAUUUGUAUUACUGUAAAGGUAAACUACCAACUACCAAUGUUAUUAUUAUUAUCAGAACUGUAAAGGUACAACAGAAACUACUAAUGUUAGAAAAUAAACAAUUAUUAUUAUUAUUAUUACUGUAAAGGUGAACCAGAACUAAUGUUAUAGAGUUUAUUAUUUUUAUUAUUAUUAUUUCUGUAAAGGUGAAAAACAACUAAUGAUAGAGAUUAUUGUUAUUGUUAUUAUUAUUACUUCUGUAAAGGUGCACCAGAAACUAAUGUUGGAUAGAGAUUUAUUAUUAUUAUUAUUAUUAUCAUACAUUUAUUAUAAUAAUAAUUUUAAUUCGUUGUUAUUAUAAUAGUAAUAAUUAUUAUUAUUAUGUUAGAGUUAUUGUCAUUAUAAUUAUUAUUAUUAUUGUUAUUAUAUUUUUUUACUACCCCUAUUGUUGUCAUUAUUAUCCCCAUACUUAUUAUUUAUUUAUUUUUUAUAUUUAUUAUUAUUAUGUAAGAUUUUUAUUAUCAUUAUUAUUAUUUUUAUUAUUUUUUUAUUAUUAUUAUUAUUAUUAUUAUAAGCAGUAGUAAUAGUAGUAAUAGUAUUUUUGUUAUUAUUAUUAUUAUGUUAGAUUUAUUAUUAGUAGUAGUAGUAGUAGUAGUAGUUUUAUGUUGGAUUUAUUAGUAUUAAAUUGUUAGUUUUAGUAGUAGUAGUAGUAGUAGUAGUAAUACGAGUAUUAGUAUUAUUUUCAUGUUAGAUUUUUAUUAUAUUUAUUAUCUUUUAGAACCAGGCUGUGGGCUGAUUUAACCUCUUCAUCAGGUCUGAUAUUAAUCUGAAUAUACAGAUAUAUUACAGUUCUUUGUUUGCUGCUUCAGUGACACACUGAUGUUUUAUUUUGAAAUCUCUUAUUAGUUUCUUCGUCAGACUGAAGCUGAUCUGAACAGAAUGAGACAGUCUGAGAAACACUUGUUGACUCCAGCAUCUAUAAAUGAUCCUCUCAGCUGUCCUCCUCUUCUUCUCUCUGCCCACAUGUUGAUUCCUCUGUUUCCUGUUUUCGUCUCUUUUUGUUAGAUGGCAAGCCCAUGUUGCGCCAGGGAGACACAGGGGACUGGAUAGGAACGUUUCUGGGUCACAAAGGUGCUGUCUGGGGAGCCACUCUGAACACAGACGCCACCAAAGCCGCCACAGCCGCCGCUGACUUCACAGCGUGAGUCCGUACAGACAGGAUGUGACAUCAGUGGCUGUAAUGAAACAGGUUUAUCGCUCACAACAUGUCGGCUGUUGACAGGACAGAUGUUCCACGUAGAGUUUACUCUUAGAGGUUACACCUGCAGCACACACACACACACACACACACACACAUGGUGUAGUGUUGUGUGACAGUGAGCGUCUGUCUGUCUCUAAAGGUUAAAGUUACUGAGUUUGUUUUGUUUGAACACACAUUAAAGCUCCUUCAGUGAUGUCAGCUGUCCGUAGGUAAGAUAACUGUAGUUAAAGUUUAUUAACUAACCUUCAGUCGCCUCUCUCUUCACCUGUCCUCUUACUUCAUUCAUGUGUCAGAGCCGUGGAUGAAAGUAAAGCAGGUGUCUCUCUUAUUAAUGAAACGUAUAAAUAAAAGACACAAACUCAGAGUAUUUUCCUUCUUUAGAAAUGUUUACGUAUAAUUAUCAACUCAAGAAAAAACAUAAACUAAAGGAUGUAAGUUUAAUUUUCCCUAAAACUGGAUGAUUUAACUGACAGUGAGCUGUUUCAGAGUUACUGACCAUUAAGAGCCGGACAGACUGUACAGAGUCUGUAGUCUCCACCUUUAGUCUGUGUCCUCGUCUGUGCUGUUAGCAGAGAUUAAGAAGAGUCAUCACAGAGACCUCCAGGGGGCGCAAGCUAACCAAUCAAUACUAUGUUAGUGGUUUAUGUCCCUCAUUAAAAAGAGACUGCAGGGGAGCAUCAUGGUCGUUCAGUAAAGGAGACAUCCGUGUUUUUUUAAUCUUAUUUACACCUGAAGUGUGUGUUUGUUGAUGCUGCAGGAAACCCGAAUCUCUGUCCGGAGAGUUCAUGAUCAGAGCUGGAGGAGAUUCAUCGUUUGUUUUAACCAACUCGUCUGUCAAAUAUCUAUUUGAGAGAGAGAGAGAGAGAGCUGCUGUCAAACAUGAAAUAAUUUGUUUUUUAAACUGAUUUGGUGAAAACAUCAGUGAUUAUUCGAUAAAGUGAACUGAACUUUCGAGCCGCUGAAUUCAGUUUUCUGAACAGCCUCUGUUACAGUUCUGGACGCUCUCCUGAACUCUUAAGUCUCACAAAAUUAGAUCAAACUAAGAUGGAAAUAAAGUCAAUGAUGAGAAGAAUCUCCUCUCUGAGUCGAGGUUUUGUUGCCGCCUCUUUGAACCCUCUGGAUGAAUCCUAAACAGACUUCAUCUGUAGCUCCGAUACUGAGGUCGACUUCUGUGCUUUUCAGGAAGGUGUGGGACGCAGUGAGCGGAGACGAGGUCCUCACUCUGGCACACAAACACAUCGUCAAGACCGUCACCUUUACUCAGGUCUGAACGAAUUUCAAGAACAUAUGAAUUCAUCUGAUGUUUCCUGUAAAGUCUUUCUAAACCUUCUUCUUCUUCUUCUUCUUCUGCUGUGAAGGACAGUAACUGUCUGCUCACAGGAGGAAACGACAAACUGCUGCGUAUCUACGAUCUCAGUGACCCUGAAGCAGGUGAGUGAGACUUUCAGGGAGGAAAGCGGCUCAUCCAUAUUCUUGAUUGGUGUCGUAUGUUUUUGUGACCGCUCACCUGAUCAGCUGUUGUUUCCGUGUUCAUGAAGCCCCUCAGGAGAUCGCCGGUCACACCUCAGCCAUUAAAAAAGCUUUAUGGUGCAACAACGACAAGCAGAUCCUCUCGGCUGCCGAGGACAAAACCAUACGGUCAGAGAGCGACUGUGUCAGAAACAAACGCUUAUCAUCCUGGCGAAGACCACGGCUCAUAUAUAUCUGUGUUUGUAGGUUGUGGGACAGAAGCUCCAUGGAGGAGGUGAAGACGCUGACGUUCGACACGUCUGUGAGCAGCAUGGAGUACGUGCCCGAUGGAGAGAUCCUCGUCAUCACUUAUGGGAAGACCGUGGCUUUCUACAACGCUCUGAGGUUCGCUGCGACGCUCUGAUGACACACACCCUGGAAAAAUAACCUCCUCUGAUGACGUUUCUGACGGUUUUUCCUCUGCUUCCAUAUUUACGUCUGUUUUCAAAGUGACAAGUUCAGGAACAGAGGAGAAGUUUCUCUGACAACUUCAGUCCUCUGUAUCAGGGUCGGUUCAUCAUCCCACUGAUUUAGUUUUAUUGAUAUUUUUCAGCCUGGACCUGAUCAAGACAGUCGAGGCUCCUGCUCCCAUCAACUCCGCCUCGCUCCACCCAGAGAAGGACUUCUUUGUAGCGGGUGGAGAAGAUUUCAAGCUCUACAAAUUUGACUACAGCACCAAAGAGGAGCUGGGUGAGUAGGCCUGUCACGAUAACAAAUUCUGCUGGACGAUAAUUGUGCUACAAAUUAUCGCCGAUAAACGAUAUUAUUGACACCGUUUUUUAAAUUAUAGAUAAUAUUAUCUGGCAUAAUAAUGCGAGUACACCGUGUCAAAAGUGAUAAACUUUAAUUUCCACUGUCUGUCACCAUUUUGCACUGUUUUGUUUAUAUUUGCUUUGCUCACCAAACGCUUCAGUAAGCGGUACCUCCGGCGGUACUUUUUCUGCUCAUUUGAGAAAAAUGGAGGGGAUGAUUGUGCUUGAGGUGCACGUGCAUGUUCGUCGUAUUCCCCUUCUUUGUCACCACAACUUUGGAACAAAUACGACAUAUCGGCUCGUCCGUAUUUGUGCGCUCACCUCUUUCAUUUGGUUUAAAGCAGUGUUGUUUUCCUCAUAUUUCGUCAGAUAUUUUCGUCAACGCCAGCGUCAAAAAAGGGAAAUAUUGACUUAAAAUAUUUCCCUUUUCUCCCACGACGAAGACGUAACGUUGACGAGCUAAACAUAAGUCGGAGAUGACUAAAAUGUGACGAGACGAAAGUGCGUUUACGUUGAUGGGACGAGACGAAAAUGACGAACAGAGUUACAAAACUCAGUCAGUUAAACGCUAAACAUACAGGAGCAGCUUCAGUCCGCUCUGACAGCUCUCAUCAUCCUGCUGUGCUCCUCCAACACACAGACACACACGCGCGCGCACACACACACGUGGAGUUUUGUGCUUGACGAAAACAAAACUGGUUUAAAGCCGAAAUAUUCCCACACUUGGGCUGUUGCGUUCGGUUUAGACACCAAAGCUGUCGUGUUCAUUCUGUUAGCUUGCUUUUCACUCACGACGCUCACUUGCAGCACUGUAUCCAAAAAGUCUGUGUCUGUGUGCCUGUGCGCGCCAGCCCCCUCGUGACAAAGACACUGAAUGACUGACAGGAGGGUUCACUAACUCCGUUCAUUCCGCUAUAGAGCCAACGCCCCCAGGUGCCGAGAAAAAUGCGCAGAGUGAGACCUCUUCUCUCAACCAGCGUGUUUGGUAGCGAGAGAGGAGGAAAACAAACGCACGUCAAUUAUCGAGGCUGGCAAAGUUACCGACCUCGUUUUUAUUUACCGAGCGAUAAGGCGAUUAAUUGAUUAUCGCGACAGGCCUAUGGGUGAGAGUAUGACCUUCGACAGAAUCAAGCUGGUUUUAGGGAAUAAAUCUCACACUGGUGUCCUUCCUCCUGUCUGCAGAGUCGUAUAAAGGUCACUUCGGUCCGGUUCACUGUGUUCGCUUCAGCCCCGAUGGAGAGCUGUACGCCAGCGGCUCCGAGGACGGCACGCUGCGGCUGUGGCAGACGGCUGUGGGGAAAACAUACGGCCUGUGGAAGUGUGUCCUUCCUGGUAACGCUCUUUAAACGUUCAUACUUUCAGAUCUGGAGCAGUUUAGAUCAAACUCUGAGACAGGCGUCACUCACUGCUGAACCCGGAGCCCGUCUUAGAGUCUCUGUGGACACUUGUGACCGCUUCACUCAUGUUUGGUCUGUUGUUUCUCCACAGAGGACCUGGGAGCAGAGAACUCUGAGCAGCUGUACACGUCGCCUCCUGAGAUCAAAGCCUGAGGAGGGGAGGAAAGAGCAGCGCGGUUAGGAAACGGGACGAGGAAAGGAAAGAAGGAGACGAGUUGAGAGGAGGGGUGUUCCAGCGAUCAAUCAGGCCCCAGCAAGGAGCAGAGUCCAGAACAUCUCCAUCCAUCAGGACCUGAUGUGGACCUGAUGAUAGACCGACACACACACUAACACACUUACACACACACACUAACACACACACACAUGUACUGCAGCCGUGUGCACAGUAUGGGCCGCAGAGUGAAGCAGUAGAGCUGUGAGUGUCUCCUCAUCGCUGCCUGCUUUCUCUCUGACCAGUCCAGUUCUGUCCGGCUGCUUUGACUGAUUUUAACCUCCACCUUAGACCCCCACCCCCCUCCACACACACACACACACACUUACACACUUACACACACACCCCACACGAUGCUGAGAUAGGUUUUGGUUUGAAAGUGAAGGUAUUCAGUGAGCUGGACCAAGGCUUGUGUUUUCAGUUCAUAAAUACUGGCGUUGGCGGCGGCGGCGGCGGUCGUUGCACAGUUGGUGCUGAAGUUGAAGCGCUUUUAUUUGUUCAGAAAUGUUGCUUUGAGUAUUCGCUGUUGUCGCUCUGGUUCAGUAUAAAAAAAAAAAAAAGUUAAGUGUCCAAAUAAAAGAAAAUAUGUUUUUGUGACAAAGAGGUGAAAGGGAAGAAAAGUCACGUUUUCAUUUGGGUUCUGUCCACGUUGACGCAAAUUGAGAUGAAUAAACAAAAGGCAUUACGGUUUUAUUUUCAAGUAAUGCACAACGAGCGUACUGGUGUUUUUAUGAUCUUUUUUUACACCUGUGGAUCAUGUCAUGGUUGUUUUAUAAAGUUAAUUCAGAAAAGAACAAACCAAGAAAAAAAAACAAACAGAGUGAAAUAUCCAAGGACAAGUCAAUUUGACCGUUUUCUGGGAUUUUGUCUCCUGAUGAAUUUUAGCUGCACUUUAUUAACGAUUACAGCAACUAAUGUAGGAGGGAAUAAAUACAAGUCCACCUCAUUAAAUUAGAAUAAUGUGGAAAAGUUUCUCUUUAGUUUUAGGAAGGUAAAUGUUCACACAUAUGUAUAUUUAUAAAGCGACAAAUAUUUCCAGCUUUAUGUUUCAGUUUUUGAGCUCAUGAAAAUCAGAAAUUCAGUGUUUCAAAUAAUUUAAAUAUUUCGUAAGAUUUACUCAAAAGGAUUUAAAAACACAGAAAUAUCUUCUGAACUUCUGAAAAGUUUGUUCAUCUCUAACGUCAGCCCUUGGAGGAGCUUCCUGAGUAUAUUAUGGUCAGAAAACGAUUCGAUGGGAAUUUUGUCCUGCUGGAAAAGGAAACCAACGUCUCCGUCAGACAUUUCAGCAGACGAGACAUGAAAACCUCCUGGGAGACUUAAGCCUGUGUUGAUUUAUAACUUUGAAUUUACAGGUAUGUAUGUUUACAUAAUUUGAACUGUGGGCCAGAUGAGUUAAACUGAAAUAAAACAUCCCUUUAAACAUUUUAGUUUCAUUAGAAUUACAAUAUAAUCUAUUUCCACUUCUUCAAUUAACUGAGUAAAAAUAUUGAACAUUUAUUCUCAUCACAUUGGGAUUCACCUGUAUGACUGAAUCAGACAGAAAAUAGAAAAAUUAGUAAUACAUCUUUAAAAUUGAAAAUUAACAUUUCUGAUGAAUUUUGGAAAAUGACAGACAUGCACACUUAAACCCUUUAAUGCCUUUUGUAUCAUAUUUGAAACAUAUGUUUAUAUAUUUCUAUCAAAUCAAUAUGAUCAACAAAUUACUAAAAAAAAAGCACCUUAAUACAGUCUGAUAAAUAAUAAAAAUGUCCUCUUGUAGUUUAUCAGUUUCUAUAAACAUCUAAUGUAUCAAACCAAAUCAAUAUAUUUGUUAAAUUUUAAGGACAUUUUGAUUUUUUUGUUUUUCAGUUGUAAAUGAAAAAAACAUUUCAGCUCCAAAAAAAUUGAAUUUUCUGGCCAUAAUUUGUGGUUUCAGGCAUUAAAGCGUUACCUGUUGUAAAGUUAUACUUUUGUCUUUAAUGAACUUUAUUCUAAAGAUUUACAUAAAGACUAAAUGAUCUGUUGACUGUGAUGAAAUGAUGUUUAAAGAGUUUUGAUCAGUGUAGAUGGAGGUAGGACAUUUUUUAUUGGAUCAUUUUAAAGCAGGUCAAUCAUCCAACAAAAAAAACGCAUCAAAAAGAAGAAAAAAUAGCCAUAAAUCUAAACCCUCGAACACUAUCUCUGGGUGAUUUUGAUCGGAUCAAACCUGUUUUUAGGUGAUUUUCACGAUGAUGUGUUUGUCUGAGUAUCUUCAGCAUUUCCUUUGACAUCUUUGAAGACAUAUUUGUUUCCCUGAUUUUCCAAAACCUGCUUUUUCCUACAGACACGUGUUCACAGGCUGAUUUUAGUGAUGGAGGGUAAAGUAGGUUUGGGUGGAUUAAACAGCUGCAUGAAGGGAAUAAGGUCAGUCAGAGUGGUCCUGGAGUUUACAUGCCAUCUUUAUUUAGCGCAGUGGUUAUGAAUAACUAUCACAAAGUCGUGAUUUUCAAGUGAAUUCAUAUGGAGAUAAGAAAUAUUUGAGUCAGCUUUAAUCAUUUUUAUUACUCCAAAUCAUAGGUUUACAGUUUAUACACUACAGGCCAAAAGUUUGGAAGCACGUCCAUUCCAGGCCGAACAGUUGGGACUAACUUCAAGUUUUUGUUUGAUGUAUUUUAGGAUGUAUUUACUCCAUGAUCGGAUGUUGCUUUCAUGGAAAUGCACCAUUUUACUCCAUUUACCUUUAGAUAUAGAUUGAUGUUAACAGACCAUGUGUUACACCCACAAUUCAGCAUGGAGGUGGUAGCUCCAUGGUAUGGGGACGUUUUGCAGGUGAUGGAGUAGGAGAUUUGUUUGACGUAAAGGGGAUCAUGAAGAAGGAACAGUACCACUCCAUCCUCCAGCACCAUGCUGCUCCAUCUGGACUCAGACUUGUGGCUCAUAAGUUUGUUUUGCAGUAAGACGAUGACCCUAAGCUCUCUGCCGAGCUCUGUCAGGGUUACCUGGACAAAAAAGAAGAGGAAGGUGUUCUUCAAAAGAUGGUUUGGCCCCCUCAGUCUCCAGACCUUUCUCCAAUUGAGCUUGUGUGGGACGAAUUGGAUCGAUCGAUCAGAAAAACUCGUCCCAUGAAUCGUCGUCUCUUUUUAAUGAACUUAAGAAAGCUUGAAUGUAAUCCCUGGAACAGACCUUAGAAAACUUGGUGAACGAAUGCCUGGUAUAUGCCAAGCUGUUGUUAAAGCCAGAGGUGGUUACUUUAAAGAAAGUUUAAACAACAAUAACUCAAAUACUUCAUAAUUAUAGUCAAAAUGUCUUCUAAUAAGUUACUCUUUACACAACAGUCAUGUUUAUUGUGUUGAAAAUUAUAUAUAUGAAACUAUGAUCUUGUUUUGUACAAAUCUGAUCUUGUUUCCAGACUUUUGGCCUGUAGUGUGUAUAUAUAUAUACAUUUUUAAUAAAUCUUGUUGCUAAAUGCCUAA